AGCACGCAGGCGUUAGGGACACAUGAGACCUCAGUACAUGUGUCCCAGCAGGCAGGCAGGCAGGCAGGCAGGCAAACGAUGCAUGCAGUCCCUCUUCACUUAUCCAAUGCUCCUUCCCCUCUUCGGGACCUUUUUGCGUACGCACAGGCAGAUGACAACCAUUCCCAGCGCUCUCUCGCCCACCCCACGCCAUUCAGCCGCACUUCGUCAAUCACGUCAGCAGGGCAUCACACACCAGCACACGACAAGCACAUGCACACCAGCGAGGCGGCAAGACAGGAGCAGGUGAGCAACAAACAAAUCAGCCACACAUGACACGAUUCUCUCCCCUUCGAAGCAGCAACAAACUCACGGGGGGGAGGGGGGCGUAGAGCAGGCAAAAAUCGUGGUUGUGUCCGUGCCUGUCUCAAUUGUCACUGGAUGGUGCACGCCUUGCUACCCUUGCCCCCCGCGUUUGCGUCCUGUUUGGCCUUGCCCUUGGCGGCGGGUUUUGGUGCGGCAGCGGGCUUCUUGGUCGGAAUGGCCGGCUCGGAAGGAGACUGGCUCGGGACAGGUGAAGGCGACACCUGGGGCACGGCGGGAGUGCUGGGGUCACUCGCCGACACCACAGGAGCCGCUGGCAUACAUCCAUGUGGACACACGUCAUAACCAAGCAAGCAGUGAUGUCGUGUCUUGCGAUGGUGUCGCUUCUCCCUUCACCUGGCGGAACGAGUUGUUCUGCGGCGGCCGUCGGUUUGGCCGGCACAGAUGGCGAUGUGGGAAUGGACGCAGGCGCGGGCGCAGGGGCCGGCUUGGGCUUUGCCUUUGCGGCCGGGGGCUUGGCCAUGCGGUUGCCGAAAUCGGCCAAAUAGUCGGCGUCGACCUCCUCAGGUUUCUCCUCGAUCAUUGGCGUCAUGGCCCCGGCGUUCCUUGGUGUGCGGGCGGCGGGUGUGUGCUGCAUCGAGGCCUGCCUCGACGCCUGCCUCGACGCCUGGCGAGACCCUUGUGCGGACGGCGCCUGGGACCUCAUCGCACCAGCUAUCUCGGCACCCUUGUCCUGAGACACAAACAAUAGGGCAGAGACACACACUGCGCUGGGUGCCGCUGUGCUCACUCACCACUCCAUAGACCUCAAAGCUGAGUGCGUCAUUGUUCAGGUAGUCGAGGAACUUCUCUGUCACCGGAUCCUGCAACAGAACAUAGGCGGUACCGAUGUAUAUGUCUCCCGAUGUGAGGAGUGUUUACCUGUGUGAUGACCUCCGAGUAGUUGAACGCGGGCGAUCUGUUGUGCCCCUCCACCGCGGGCACCUUCCGUGGUUCAUCGUCCAGGAAGUAGGUGUACUGGACCCUGACGUCAUUGGCCAGCGCCUCGGGCAGUUUCUCCGCCUUGUGAAUCUGACAAGACAGUGAUGCUACUUACUUGAUGUCCGUCUACAUAUCCCUUCGUGAGUUACCUUGACGAGCAGAUCCAUUCGUGUGCCGAUGAGGUCGGUGGGGUUCUCAACAAGGUCCUCGUCGGCUAUCGGACCUCCGUCCUGUAUGCGAAACCACCAGACACAUACAGACAGCCUUGUCCUUGUGCAUUCGCUCUCGACUGACCGGGCUGACGGGUUCGAUGGCGACAUGGAGAAUGCCGCACUGCUUGCCCUCGCUGCUGAGUAGCUUGGCCUGUGCAUCGGCAUCGAUCUGGUAUGAGAGUGGCUUGAGGAACAGCUCCGCCUUGCCAAUCAGGCGGUCGGACUGCACGGGAUCCCAAAAGGGGUCUUCCUCAUCGGGAAUCGACGUCAGGAACUCAAACUUGUCGUCUGCAUUGCAUGCAGGAAUGAGUUGACGCACCAUCCAUUCCCUCACUCACAAUAGAGGAGGUCCACUCACUCACUCACUCACUGUCUGGCUGACCUGCAUCGGCCCAGUUCUCGAACAUUUCUCGCAUGAGGAAAAUCCUAUUCUCUAGGAUGCUGCUGUGCCAGUCGUAGACGUGGUUGCCCUGCAUGUCAUGUAGAGAGAGACACAACAGCUGAAUGUUGUUAGCUUUGCAUUCAUUCACCACGUCUCCCCCCUCACCUCGAGUGAGACCGAUACGAGCAGUUCGGUCUUCUUUCUUCUCUUGUGUGUGAUAUGCACCUGCAGCUUGGUGCUCAGGUGGUACGGCUUGCCCAUCUCCUGAGCUAUCAUGUUCGCCUCCUGCACGUCACGUGAGAGGGAGUGGUGUUGGUGUCAAGAGCACAUCACGUACAGAAAGAAACACACGUGCGGAGAUUUGUGUGUCAGUCAGGCGUGUAGGUGUCAGUCACCUUGACGAGUGGGAGAAUUCGUGCGAGUUUCUCGUCGAGUGCGCUUUGCUCCACUUGCUGCUCGUGCUCAACGCGCUUCUGUUCCUGCACCUCCUUCUCUUUCUUCUCUGCCUCCUGACGAGCCCUCUCAGCCUGACAGACAGACAAACAUACAUACAUGCGAUCGCUCGACCAUCCACCCACCCACCUACCUCCUUGGCAAUUAGUUCCUGUUGCUUCUUGAACUCCUCCUCUGCCUUGCGCUUCUCCUCCUGGUUCAACCGCUCCUCCAUCUCCUGCACACGUGAGACACACACAUACAUACAUACAUACACACCGGUCGAUCUUGUGUGGCAACGACGUGCAGCGGCUGACCUUCAUUUUCUUCUGGAACUCUUCCUCCUUUGCCCUGAGUGCCGCCUGCGCCUCCUCCUCUGCCUUGCGCUUGAGCUCCUCGACCUCCUUCAUCUUGGCCUCGUACUCCUCGUGACGCUUCUUCUCGGCCGCCAGCUCCUCGGGGGACUUGAGGAUGCUCUUCAGGUCACCCUGCUUCUCCGCAACUUCCUUCAUGAUGCUCUCGAAGUCAUGCGCCUGUGGUGGCACAUGCAAACAGGUAAAGGUAGAUGUACUGUGUCUUUGUGUGCUGACCUGUAUCAGGUCGCCUUGCGAGCCGAUGGAUGGGAUGACCACCAGGAACGCAUACUGGGAACCAAAUACGACACGGUCGCCAUGUUGCAGAGUCACCUCACGGUUCCUGUGAGGUACCAAGAGGAAGGAUCGGAAAGGUCGAGAGGUAGAGAGGUGUAUGUGUGUGUGUCAUGUGUGUGUCAUGUGUGUGUCAUGUGUGUACUGCAUGGUUUUGUCUCCGUUGAUGAAGGUGUAGUCCGCCCCCUCCAUGCCCUUGAUGACUAUGAUGUUGGCAGCACGAUUCGCGAUCACAGCGUGGCGACUGGCGCGCACACACACACACGUGCACAUGACGACAAGCAACAUGUGCGUGCCUCCUGUGUGGCGUCUGUCUUUUGUCACGAGUGAAUGCCGAUGCCGGAGAGUGGCAGGUCAGGUGUGAAGUCGCUGCUCUUCUUGCCGAUCCAAAUCUCGGCGUUUUCUGUGAGGGCGUAGUUGAGUUUGCCCGUCAGCACCUCAUCCUCGUUGAUGUUGGUCAGGUGGGGAAUCUUCUUCCAGUCAGGUCCCUGCCAGGCAGCCGAGAGACACACAUCCCACGUCUCACUCCCUUCGUGAGGCGUGUCUGAAUGGACGACCUUUGCUUUUUCGGCGGCCUGCUUCGCUGCCGCCUCCUCUGCUUCCUUCAGGCGCUGCUCCCACCCCUUCUGCAUCCCCUCCUGCGAGACACACACACACACACAAACACACACACAUGACAGACGACCGGGGUACGGUUAAUGAUCGACACUUGCACACAUACAUACCAGUGCCUUCUCCAUUGCGGCGAUCUCCUUCUUGUGAUCCUCCUCGAUUCGCAUCCGCUCCGCCUCACUCACAGCACUGCCGCCGGCGCCGUUCGGACCUCCCCCUGUCGCCACUCCCUUGCCUGCACACACAGACACAUCAGCCAACACGAGGUGAAUGCACCGCUGUGCUCUGUGUAUGUACCUUCCAGCAGCGCCUUGAGUCGCUCGUUCUCCUCCUUGAGCUGAUUCAGCAACUUCUCCUGCACUCACAUAUGCAUGGAUCACAUUUUCAGGCGAGAUGUUUCCCUUUCCAUCUCACCGUGGGGUCUUCGUUGAUCUCGGCGUGAUUCUUGAUCUUCUUGGCGCGAUCUGAAACAAGCAUCAGGUGGAGACAGUCAUGCAGGUCACAGUCAAAUCACGCUCGCGUGUGUUGUCCUCAGUGCUUGCCGGCGUAUCGCAGUGUCGACAGUGUCUCUUCGUAGUUGGACGAAGCGGGCGACAGGGCGCAUAUCAUGAUGGUCUUCGAUGAGCCUCCAAGGGCAUUCUGAAGCACUCAGCAGAGGAGUGACGCGCGUGUGAGUGUGAUGACUGGAUUUCUCCCACCUGCAGCAGCCGGGUGAGCUUUGAGUCUCGGUAGGGGAUGACCUGGCCCUUCUUCAACUUCCCUGAGCGUCCACAGGAAAAUGUUUGCCUGUACGUCUGUCGCCGGUCCACGCACCUGAGGCCUUGUCUGCAAGUGCCGAUAUGACAUUUCCCAAUGCAGACAGCGACUUGUUGAUGGCACAGCCCUCCUUCAAACGAUCGCCACUAGCACCUGGAGGCCGUCCGUCGACAGAGUGUGUAAUCCCUUUUCUGUAUGUUCACGGGAAUGUGUGCACACCUGUUUGCUCGGCCUUCUCGGAGCCGGCGAGAUCGACCAGAUUGAUGACUGAGAGUUUGCGGCCCUCCUUGCCCAUAUACGUCGUCACCUACCACACACAUCGCACGCAGACAGGUGUAUUGUCAUGUCUCACAUACAGAUCGUCCAUCCAUACUUGUGUGAAUUCGAUGAUGAGCACCGUGUGUGCACGGGAGCUCGUCCUAUCACAGAAGGCAAGCCGACCGACAGGCACACGUAAGCGCAGACAAUCAAUGGCAUCUUUCCAUUAGUGUGUGGAGACCGACGCGUUCAUGAGGGUGGAGCCGAUGGUGCGGUUCGCCGUCCCCUCGUCGACAACGUCUUCGAUAGCCUCGUAGCUGUUGACAGCCCGCUUGGUCAGGUCCUGCACAUAGAUGCCCAGCUGCUUCGACUCGCGAACCUCCAGACCACCCUGACAGAGCACAACAGCACACAGCACCACAUGGCAGAGACAGGGACCUGGUGGGUUCUCAUUGAUCCCACCUUUGUUCGCUGGCUGGGGUGGAUGAGGAGAUCCUGAAUCUUCUCAUUGUAGAUCUCCAGCAUACCGAUCUGCACACUCACGGGUUGGUUGAGCGAGCGGCUCUUGUUAGUCAAGCUCAUUCAGCUGUUGCUUACCGUCACUUCGAAGUGUUUCGCUGGAUCUUGGUUCUCCCCGAUGCGGCGGAAGAUGUCCUCACACGUGAUGGGUACGAUGCCCUUGUUGGGGCCGAAGCCCACCAUAGAGUACGACUUGCCCGCGCCCGUCUGCCCAUACGCGAACAGGCAGCAGUGAUACCCUGUCCACGCGUUGUUCUGAGGAAGAAGCAGAAACAGACAGGACAGACAGACAGGACAGACAGACAGACAGACCAGCUGUCUUGAUCUUGCUGCAUGGAUGCCCAAAGCUUGCUGGCUGUCUGGCCGACUGACCAGCACUUCCACGCCCAGGCAGUCGAAGACUUUCUUCUGGUCGACAUAAAGGCUGUUCCCAUCCUCAGGGAUCAACAGCCCCUCGCCGUUCACGGAGAACCUGCAGACAUGACAGUCUGCACCGUAUGCGAAGGCACGUGAGUGUGCAGCUCCGCUACUUACCCAUCAUGCGACCAGAAUGAGUAGUCGAAUGUGAAUUUCUUCUCUCCCGACCCACCCUCGACAUCAUCAAUUGUCGUCGUUGGUCCAGCCUACCCAACACAACACAUCCACGGUGGGGCAGGCAAGCCAGCUCCAGUGAGCGACCGUCUCUCCGUAUACCAUGGCUAUGCAGCAGACGGCAUCGAGGCCCCGUUCUCUCUGGUUGAAGGGCCGCACCCUCACGGCCACCUUGACUGCCGAGUCACUCAUGAUUCUAUGUCGUCAACCAAGACAAAUCGCUGAAGCAACGGGCCAACCUGGACACACACGGGAUUGGUGCAUCAACCAUGGACGCGGGACAAGAGAACACGCGGUAGAGAUGGACGAGUGGGCCUCUGCGCACCUUUGGGGCAGCGGAUAGGAGAGGCGAACACAGAGUGCAGCAGGGAGCGGACACUACCCCCCCCCUGGACGCAAAGGGUACAAACAACCGUGCUUCACUUGAAGGGCAGAAGGAAGAGAAGAGCUGGGGCAGGACCGGUCGUGGACUGGAUCCUGUCGUCCUUUUCGGAGGGGGAGUGGAAACCGCCUCUUUCGAUUCUCGAAGGAGUCCGAACGGGUGGGCG